CAGUUAAAAAGAACAAACUCUGUAUAUAGAACAUCAGUACGAUCACUAACCGAUAGUCGCUUCCGGUAGAUUUGUGCGCAUUUCCUUUGUGAGUCUAGAUAGACAGAUUUACUGUUAUUUAUCGCGAAUCGCAUGUAUUUUCAUUCUUUAUAAUUUUCUUCCUGAUGGCGAAUCUAACACGCUUGCCGGACGACGUCAUCUGUUUAAUUCUGGAGGAUAAGAACAUCAGCAUAAAAGAUGUUGUGAAUUUUAGCUUAACUUGCAAGUUAUUCUACACAACAGUCAACAACAACAACGCCCUAUGGAGACGCAAGUUUUUCCAGAGAUGGCCUGCUUUAAAAACAAAUUGUGACCGAUAUUGGCGUGAAGGAGGUGUAAAUAUUAAGGAAGAAAUAAUAAAACGAGAAAGAUGUAGAGAAAAAUUAUUAGAUUACUUUACGAGGUUAUAUGACCAAAAUUAUUACAAGGGAGACUUAAGUUUUAGUGAUAUGUUGAAUUUUAAGGAAGUAUUCUGUAUAGUGGAAGAAGAUACAUAUCUUUUGGAAUAUUAUUACCUUCAGGAUGAAAUAAAGGAGAUUCUUCGAGGUAAUGAAUGGGAUAGACAUACUAACUUGAGAAAUAAAUAUUAUGCUCGGAAGGUUUCUAUGUACCUGAAAGAAUGUCACUUGAGGAAUAAGUGGCAGAAAUUCAUAAACCGGCCUGCUGCACAACAUGUCUCAGAAUGGGCAGCAACUUUUAUGGCACAAUGGUGCAAACCUCUGGAACGUAUAUCUUACUCACAUAUAGUAGCAUCAUUGGACAAUAUUGCACAGCAAGUGCUGAAGAUACUUCAAGAGGAAUAUCCUCGGCAUUCGAUAUUCUUAGUAUCUGCCGAACAGUUCUCUUUCUGGAGAACCAACAUGAAUAAUGACAAUCAAUGGGACAAAACAGAAACACAGCAAAUCUUAAAUAUCAUUUGCAGAGUUAUGUUUCAUAAUUUAGGUUUCCGUGCAUUUAAUGAUUCCGAACGAGCUAGUUCACAUUACAAAAAUUUUAUAGAUAAUGUUUUAGAAGACAAACGUGGAGAUGUUUUAAUAUUGACAAUAAUAUUUGAGAGUGUGGCAAGAAGACUGGGUGUAUCUUGUGAUUAUUUUACUUUCUCUAAUUAUUUUUCUUUAAUUUGGAAAGAAAGAUGUGACAUGACAAGACUCGAAAGCGAAAGUUAUUAUUAUAUUGACAUUUUUUCUAAUGGGACUGUUCUAAACAGAGUAGGGUGUCCUAGAUUUUAUAAUGAUACUACCUACUAUAUAACAUGUCCUAUAAAGAAUCGUAAGGUACCCAAACCAACUCCAGCACAGUUGAUAGUACGACUGUUAAACUAUGUGCACAUUUGCGUGAGCAAAGAAAGCGACAGAAGGCGAACACAAAGAAAUCGCUUAAUACAAGAACUUCGACUCAUGGUAAAUCAGGACGAUUUGGAAGGAGUUUCAUGGUUAAUUGAUAUUUAUAGAUCGUAUAAGAUGGAUUUAUCGGGUAUCGCGAUGUUAUUAAAGAAUAUUCGUGAUACAAAUACAAAUCUGUUGGUGACGAGAGCAAGAGCUAAAGUGAUAUUAGAUAGGCUUGAAAAAAUACAAGAAAUCAUACCACCAAACGUCAUACCAAAAGAAAGGUCAAAGUAUGUAAAUUAUGCAGUUGGGAUGAUCGUGGAGUUCGAUGACUAUACAUGCGAACCUACACGCAUAGGCGUAAUAGUAGGUUGGGGCAGGGAUGGCAAUGAGUUAAUCCGUCAGGAUCAUCAGCGUUAUAGGUCGACAAAAGCAAUACCGUACUAUGAGGUAUUUUUUAGCGACGAUAAAACCUUUUUCCUUCCUCAAGUUUGUAUAAACCCAGCGAAGAAGCCGACAUGGAUCGAUCAUAGUGAAAUCGGCCGAUACUUCAGUCACUUUCAAGGAACUCACUAUAUGCCAAAUCAAAAAUUGUUGGAGGAGUAUCCAGACGAUCUUGAGGUUUUACGUGAAUAUUGCAAACGUUAUUACAAAUGUUCCUAAGUUAAAAUCGUUCCAAGCUUAAUAUAUAAUCGCAGAAAAGAGAGAAAGGGAUCUUUAUCACAAUUCAAUCCGAUCUGAGGGUUUGAUUCUAGCUAUUUAUAUAGCUAUUUGUUUCUAGCUAUUUAUAUAGCUAUUUGUUUCUAGCUAUUUAUAUAUGAUCACUAUUCAUAAUGAAAUAGACAAUGCGCAAACAGUAAGGCUUGUAGCACACAAAAAGUUUUGAGCAAUAGAAUCAAUGGAACUUUAAACGUUACAUCUGUCGAACAGUUAGAGUCGAGAAUUAUGAAGAACAAUAAAAAUUGCCAUUUUAACAUUUUCGACUAUAAUUAGAUUCGCUCAUUGCUCACGUUUUCUAUGCUUACGUUUUUACAAUGUAUAUCGGUCUAGCUGACGACUAGCGUUUGAUGUGUGUGGGUGUAUUAUAAUAUCGGGAUAUCUUCUGAUACACAUGAAAACUUAAAUGUGAAUCGGAAUAUAGAAACGGCACGAACGCGAUAACGUCACUGGAUUUAUAUUCGUAUGAUUCUUUUCUUCGUUAUCUCGAUGUUUUAUUCCUCGUAUUACUUCCCGCGUGUUAGCAAACAUACUGUAUAAAAUGAAAAAUGGCAUUGUACAGUAUAAGGGAUUUCUUUUAUAAGUGUAGAAAUAUAAUCGACAGCUUAUAUCGGGAAGAUUCCCGAUUUCAUUUUUUCCAACACAUGUUACAAGAUAAUGUUAUAUAGAAUUUCCUGUAUGCAGAGAUUAGAAAGGAGGAAAGCGGUUACUCGUGUACUCACAAUUCAGUAUUACUUUUAGUUAUCGAAAAUCGACAUUUAAGUAUAACGGCAAAAUAUUUUUUUACUUAUGAAAACAAUAUUUUUAUGUACAAAUAAUUAUUAUGAAAUGUGAGAUUUCGCGCGCUACCAGUUAAUAAAGAUAAACUUUUUAUGUAUCUU